GUGAGCAUGGAAGCACAGAUCGUUCUAUUGCCUUGUUUACUCGGCACACUCGUCGUAACCAGACGGGCGCUAACCCACUCGAUUGCGGAAUCUAAUCUAUUGUGCUACGCGGCCGGGCGCAAGAAGCAGCUUCACUCAUUCUCUCUUGGUUGUCUCUUUUUCUCCUCUCUCCUCUUGGAGGCUGAUUGGGGCUUGAUUUCUUUUCGGCGAGGUCAUGGCAAUGCACGUGCUGUGCUGGGAGGUGCCUUCGCUCCCAAACAGCCGAUAACCAGGGCGAGCGGAGGCGAAAUCAAGCCAAACCGGCUCAUAGAUGUGUCAAAAGUCGACCAUCGCCGUUGUCAUACUUUGGCUAAUGCUACACUGUGGCGCCAUCAACACCCAACCGAAGGGUGCCUGCGUUGCAAGGAGCUAACUUCGGUGAACCCCAGCUUGCACUAACGUUAGCUCAGAGAGCUAUCAAGGCAUCCUGGGCGCCGUGGUUUGAUCGUCCCUGUCUCUUGACGUCUUGGAGCGCCGGUCAUCUCGAUCCCAUGCUGGGAAGGAUUUCGUUCAUUUGCGUAGAGUUUCCGGGCGACAAUCAUUGUAUCAAUACGGAAGACGAGAGGUUUGUUGCAUGUCAUACGUACAGUAGUAUUACGGCAGGACUUUUACAUGGUGUGUUGGAGGCGUGGGUGAAAUGCCAAUCUCCCUGUAUCAUGGU